UGCAAAUACACUUGGUAAUGCUGUUCAAUGGUGGGAAGUAUAAGCUGUGGUUACAACAGCACAUGACAAGUCACCGCGCAAGAAGAAAAGAGACUGUUAACUAAAUAGUAAUCCGAUCCAGCAGAAGUGCCCAUUUUAUUGUCAGAUCGUCUAUUGCUGAUGAGAAUGAUUCUGCCAGUAUGGAAUCAACAGUCGACUGCCAAAGCAUUCUUUCUGCUGUGCUGUUUUGGGACAGAUGGCUUUGUGUUGCAGCUAACCAAGGAAUGCUUUUUCAGUGAUACACAGGAAACAAAAGAUAUGGAGUUCACCUAUGUAUUCACCUUCAAUAAGCAGAUUAUUACAGUCUACAACCAAACAUUAGGGAUUUUCUUGGAGGCAGAAGCCUGGAUGGGGGCUGAUCCUGUUGAUUAUCUUGUGGAUUAUCUGAAUAAAGAAAAAAAACUGCUGAAGCAGCUGAAGACAGCUGUGGAUACCGUCUGCCGAAGUAACAUGAUGAAACACUUGGACAGGACUGCAGGCAGAACAGCAAAGCCAUCUGUCACAAUAGAGUCUCUUGUGCCACAAGUUUCCACCUACUCCACAAGGCUUGUCUGUCACGUACAUGGCUUCUACCCAGAACAAAUCAUUGUUAAGUGGUACAAAAAUGGUGAAGAGUACCCACAAUCCACCACCACUGCUGUAUGGCCGAAUGGUGAUUGGACUUACCAGGUGAAAAGCUAUAUGGAGUUCACACCACACAUGAGGGAUGAGUACAUGUGUGUAGUCAAACAUAAUAGCUUAGAUGGUUCCCUGAUUGUGAAAUGGGACCCUGGAAUGGACAUCUUCAGCAGGUACUAUAGUAUCAUCGCCACAGUCAUUUUUGUCAUAGGUGUGCUGUCUUGUUUUGCUGGACUAAUAUUCUGGAGGUCAGGAUUUUCAAGUUAUGGAUAUCAACAACUCCCAAAAAACUAAGACAAGUAAAGAUUCCUUCUUGCUGCCAAGGAUUGCUGGCUGGGAAGAAGUUAUAAUUAAUGGAGGCUUGAAACCAUCAAACUCUACUGUCACUGUUCUGGGCCACAGUCUCAGUUUCCUCCAGAAACUGCCUUAAUGUGGCUCUCAUUUCUUGUUUAUGUUAUACAAUUUUGUGUAAACAAAGAUGUUCAGCAGUGAGAACUGCCACUGUAUCACUUUUCAGUGGUGAUAAACUAAAACAUUAUUAACAGACUGCCAGUGUACAUGGUAAGAGGUUUACUAACAAGUAGAAGUUGGGACAAGAUUCGGAAAUAACUAGACAUACAAAAACACAUACAGCCAUUACCACAUUCCUUUGUAUGCCAUGACCAUACUACUGCAGAAAAAAAUGUGCCUACAAGGUUUUUGAAAAUGUUCUUCUAUUUAAAAAAAUGAACAAAAGUAAGGUAUACCUAGAAAAUCCCUUACUUGCUGCCAAUACUGCACUUUCCUGUAUUUGAGAAAAUGUGGAACAUGUGCAGCUGUUAAACUGCCUACCUGGCUAGUAGUUCAUUUUAACUGCCCGUUUCGGGGGACUGUAAGUAUUAUUGAAAGAUCACAUUGCUAGCUUUGCUUGAAAGAGAAUGUUCUUUGAGUUUUGGUUAACUGAAGUAUUACAUAAAGUUGAAAGCAUAUAUGCAAGUUUUGUGUCAAUGCUAUAGGUCUCAGAAAAUUAUAAUAACUAUAAAUAUACUCACAGAAAAAAAACCUAAACAGAGAGUGCCAAAAAUGAACACAUCACAUGGGUGGCCGCAGUGGUGCAGUGGUUAGCGUUGCUACCUCACAGCAAGAGGUUCUCUGGUUCAAUCCUUAUAUGGGGUGCUUUCUAUGCAGAAUCUGCAUGUCCAUCCUGUGGUUGCAUGGGUUUUCUCUGGGUGUUCCGGUUUCCUCCCAAAGACAUGCUGUAGGUGGAUUGGACACUCUAAAUUGGCCCUAGGUAUGAGUGUGUGUGUGUCUUCUGUGGAAGGUUGGGUGCCGACACUGUAAAACUCCACUGCCAAUCAUGAGCAGACAGGUGAUCCGCUGUGGUGACCCCUAACUGGGAAAGGCCAGAAGAAGAAGCAGACACACCACUGUUACCAUUACUUUCCACCUACUUAUUAAUAAAGCAAAUAUGGGCUAAGUUAUAAUUAUGUGCUGGGCCUUUACAUAGAGCAGAUACAGCCUAAUUUCUACUAUAAAAAAGUUUAUGUGCAUUCUAGUUGUUGGUCUUAGCAAGUCCUCAUAUGCCAAAUUACAAGAAGGAAGUAUAGGUAUUUGGUGGAAAGAGGAUUCUUCAAUUUAGACUUGAGAAAUUUCUACUUCACAAAGACAGCUGUUGGCAAAUAGAAUUUAUGAAAUGAGAAAGUGAUAACAUUUUAGUAAUCAGAGCAAGUAGGUGUAUGUACAUGAUGAGUUAACCACAACAUUUAGAAUGCUGUGGAAGACCAUGGGCCUUCCUCUUCUGAUAUCUUCAUACUUUAUUAUGUCUAAUUUAUAUUCAGGUUUUAUGUUUAAAAAUGAUAAAUUUCAGCUGGAACAUAUUACCUAUCAAGAGACAAAUGUUAGUCUGUUUGCAUCUGUUUGCAUAGAAUGACCUACACACAGUAAAUUUAGCAUUAAAAAAAUUGGAACCAAAUGAAAAUUUUUCACAGCUAUAUGAGUAGCUUGGAAACUUGCCAGUAAUUGUAACAAAAGUCAAAGUUGAAAUAAAAUAAGACCUGUCUGGUCUUGUCAGUUUGGUUACUGCAAGCAUUGCUUUUAAACAGACGAUCCAUGGUUGACAUCAACUAAGAGCCUGCUUUGUUAUGUGGCAGUGUUGUAGUAGUCAGGUCACAGAAAAGUCAUAAUUAGUCUAUGAAAUAGGGGAGACAUUUUGAUGGAUAACUGUACAUAGGGCAGAUAUCUGGGAUUCUUAGAAUUGUGCAGAUAGUCUGUCAACUGGGAGAAGUGCACUGAAUGACUAAAUUGUUUACUUGCUGAUACUAACUAUUGUGUUUCAGGUCUGCACCUGUGGCUGCUGACAGUAAUGAGUCUGCUUUAAGUUUUGAUAUUUUCUGCUGAUGAUACCAUAAGUAAUAUCACAACUGGAUUACACAUACUAUAGGAAAAGGUUUACAGUUUGACUGUAUUAACAAUGGUAUUGUAUCCCUGCUGUUGCUGCUGUGCUGCAGGGGGUUACAUUAUAACCGUAUUGAUGCUGUCAGCUGCUGUGUAUCUGAUCAUAUCAUCACUGACACAUUAUGUUAUUUCAUUUUUGACACAGUCACUAUUGUGCUACAGCUGGUGUUGCUAUACCAUCAGUGUUACAGUUAGUCUUUUGAUGUAGCUAGAUUGUUAUAACAUUAGUGAUGCUGUCACUGAUUUACUGUAGCUGGUUAUACCAUCAGUAGUACUGCCACUGUAAUUACUUACCUGGUAUUUUUGCUGCUAUGCUGCAGUGCUUAUAGUGCCAGAGAUGUCACUACUGUCUCAGAUGUGUAUGACUGCUGUACAUAUGUUAAUGCUGCAUGUGUUCUACUGUUGCACAUAUGGACUGCUGCUCCACAUGUGUACUACUGCUGCAUGUGUGUACCAGUGCUACACAUCAGUACUAUUGCUGCAAGUGUGUACCACUAUGGCACCUUUACUACUGUUGCACAUGUGCUGCUGAUGCAAAGGUGUACUGCUGCUUCAGAUGUGUACUGCUGCUGCAUGUAUGUACCACAGUGGCACCUUUACUACUGUUGCACAUGUGCUGCUGAUGUAAAGGUGUACUGCUGCUUCAGAUGUGUACUGUUGCUGCAUGUAUGUACCACAGUGGCACCUUUACUACUGUUGCACAUGUGCUGCUGAUGCAAAGGUGUACUGCUACUUCAGAUGUGUGCUGCUGCUGCAUGUAUGUACCACAGUGGCACCUUUACUACUGUUGCACAUGUGCUGCUGAUGUAAAGGUGUACUGCUGCUUCAGAUGUGUACUGCUGCUGCACGUAUGUACUACUGUGACACCUUUACUACUGUUGCACAUGUGCUACUGCUGUAAAGGUGUACUGCUGCACUUCUGAUACAUUUACUACCUGUGCUAUUUAUACUACUCAUAAUACUCAGGUUUAUUAGGCAUGUUAUGUAACAGCAAAGUGGUGUGGAGUAAAUAAUAAGCUUUUUUGUAAAGUAUUUAUGCAGAGAUGUACAUCUAACUAAAACAUGUAGACAAGUUUCAAAUGCUGUCAUGUUAUUACUGCUAUGUUUUUAGUAACGCAUGUUGCGCUUAUUUAAUUUGAAUAUUGUCUUUCUUUUUUUACUGGCCUUGAAAUAAUUGAUUACAAUAUGUUAUUGCAUUUUUGGAAACUAUAAUUAAAUACUUGAAUGUACUUGAAA